CCUUCUGUCCAGCGUGUAAGAAUACGACUCUUGCUGCAUCGUAACCUUUCACCUCGUACAUAGUGAAAAUGGGUUCUCAAAUCAAGGCCGGAGCUGAUUCCGACUUAUUCGAGCCACUGGUCAUUGCGGGCGGCAAAAUCACCCUCCAGCACCGCAUCAUCCAUGCUCCCAUGACCAGAAACCGCGGUACACCUCUUCGUGCCACUUCCACAGCUGAGAAUCCAAACCGUGACUGGACUGCCAAUGAUCUUAUUGCCAAAUACUAUGCACAGCGAGCAACAGAGGGUGGACUGCUCAUCACGGAAGCAAUUCCACCUUCGUUCGAGGCCAACGGUCUGCCCGGGGCUCCAGGGCUCUUUUUAGAAGAGCAGGUAAAGAGCUGGAAGGAGGUUGUCGACGCAGUCCAUGCCAAAGGCGCCUACAUCUAUGCACAACUCUGGCACGCUGGCCGUGUCACUCUGCCACAGAUUACAGGUACUGCGACCGUUGCGCCGUCAAAUAUUCCGUUCGACGACCCGAAUGAAUGUUAUGCGUAUCCCCCGCCGCACUCAACGACGCCAGUGAAGCUGAGUGAGCACCCACCGAUCGAAUUGACGGUUGACCACAUCAAGCAGACGAUCCGAGAUUACUGCGCGGCUGCCAAGGCGGCUAUGGAAAUUGGAUUUGACGGGAUAGAGGUUCACGGAGCAAACGGCUAUCUGCCAGAGCAGUUCCUGAGCUCCAACAUCAACAGGCGGACCGACGAAUACGGAGGCACGCCGGAGAAGCGCUGCAGGUUUGUACUUGAACUGAUGGACGAGCUGGCCAAGACUGUGGGAGAAGACAACUUGGCUAUCCGACUAAGCCCCUUUGGCCUUUUCAACCAGACCCGUGGCGAGCAGCGUGUCGAGACCUGGGGCCAUCUCUGCCGCGAACUGAAGAAUCGUCACCCCAGACUCUCAUACGUGAGCUUCAUCGAACCGAGAUACGAACAGAUCUUUUCCGAGGCCGAAAAGGUAAAGUUCCUCAAGUCAUGGGGCCUUCCCCAUGUCGAUUUGUCCCUGUUCCGCAAGAUAUGGGGAGACACGCCGUUCUUCUCUGCCGGCGGAUUUGACGACACGAACUCGUGGGGAGUCGUGGAGAGCGGGAAAUACGACGCUUUGGUGUAUGGGCGAUACUUUACCAGCAACCCAGACUUGGUGGAGAGGUUGCGGAAUGGCUGGCCGCUGGCCAAGUACGAUCGGUCUCGUUUCUAUGGGCCGUUUGAGGAUCCGAUCAUCGGGUAUACAGAUUACCCGGCAUAUGAGGGUUAACGACGUGACGACUUGCGAAUCCAGCACAUGUUGUUGAUGAUGGCUGUUGCGAAACUGGUAUGAUUGGAUGAUGGAUACAUCAUUUGCAGCUACUAGACUAUGUAGUAGAUAGAUCGGGCUGCCAGUGGCAUGUGCUUCAACAACUUGGCGACCAAUUAGCAUCAUUCCGCCAAUUCCAUAUGCGUGUGGCCCCGAAAUACAGGUAUUUUGACCAAUGCAGAUGAUAGAAGGGCAGAUACGGACAGCCAGGCUCAUACCGGAAACCAAAAUGCAGACACCUACCGGCUUCCAACCGAGCAUCGGGAUCUAAUGGCCUAUCGAUGACAGGGAUACCUUGACAACGCCC